AUGGAUAACUCAAAAUCACCGGAGGAUCCUGUGGUCAAGCCACCAGUGGAUCUGGGGAAAGAUGACACGGAGACACAGGUGGUCGUCGCCGACCCGAUUGACGCCUGUGCAGAGCGUGCGCUCGUCCGGAAAUUUGAUUUCCGCAUCCUUCCUGUCCUAGCGAUCAUGUAUCUCUUCAAUAGCUUGGACAAAUCCAACCUAGGGAAUGCAAAGACAGCCGGCUUAGAGGACACUCUCAACCUCAAGGGCGACCAAUACAACAUCAUCCUCAGCAUCUUCUUCAUCCCCUAUGUCUUGACGGCACCAUUUCUGGGCAUCCUAGGCAAGAUGUACGGGCCGAACCUUGUUUUGCCCUGCAUGAUGCUCACCUUCGGGCUGUGCACGGUCUUAGUGGUGGUUGUGUAUAAUUUCGGAGGCCUGAUGGCGAUCAGAUGGUUUCUUGGCAUGUCCGAGAGUGCCUUCUUUCCGCUGGUGAUCUAUUAUUUGACAACUUUCUAUCGUCGAGGUGAACUGGCCAGGCGUCUGGCGAUCUUUUAUGCCGCACAGAGCAUUGCUUCGGCUUUCUCAGGACUUCUCGCCUUCGGGGUUUUCCAGAUCCACUCCGGUCCGCUGACCCCAUGGCGCUAUCUCUUCCUCAUUGAAGGCCUGGCGACCGUUCUCUUCGCGAUUUUCGUCUUCUGGUAUUUGCCCCGCUCGGCAUCCGAGGCGAGCUUCCUCUCCGAAGCCGAGAAGGCACUGGCAUUCACGCGGAUGCAGCUCGACAGUUCCGCUGUCGUCAACGAGAAACUCAACAUUCGCGAUGCAUUCCGAAUCUUUAAGCAUCCCACCAGCUGGGCAGUUGUAGGGAUCCAGAUCUGUCUCGGCGUCCCUCUGCAAUCCGUCCAGCUGUUCCUCCCCCAAAUCAUCUCCAAACUCGGAUACGGAACCGUCAAGACGAACCUCUACACCGUGGCCCCCAACGUCUCUGGCGCUGUUGUGCUCCUCAUCCUCGCCUUCUGCAGCGACUGGACGCGAUGGCGAUUCCCAUUCAUCGCUCUGGGCUUCUUAUUUACCUUCCUGGGCAUGAUCAUCUACGUGGCGAUUGACCCGGAGCAGAAUAUCAAUGUGGCCUAUUUCGCCUCGUUCAUGAUGACCUGGGGUACCUCCGCUCCAUCCGUGUUGUUGGAUGUCUGGUACAACAACAACAUCGCCAGCGAAGGGAAACGAGUCGUCCUGACGAGUAUCGCGGUACCCCUUGCGAACCUGAUGGGUGUGGUCAGUUCGAACAUCUUCCGCAACCAGGAUGCCCCGAAGUACCUGCCUGCGCUCAUUGCUACGGCCUCGUUCGGAGGGGCGGGUAUCGUCCUCACGCUUCUUCUUGGGUUUUGGAUGAUGAUGGAUAAUAAGCGGCGCGAUCGUGCACAAGGGGUUACACUGCGGGCUCUGGAUAUCCCGACCGAGAGGUUGGCGGAGGGUCCCAGUAGUCCGGAUUUCCGGUGGUUUUUAUAA